GGCUCGUGCAGGCCGCUCGGGGCCUGUGCGUGCCGGUGCUGCCCGGUGCUGCCCGGUGCUGCCCGCUCUCCAGGCAGCGCGGCUCGCCCUUUGCCGGGCUGCUAGAGGUCGCGCCGCUCUCCGGCCCGGUCCUGGCCCUGCCUGCGCCUCUGCCCCGCUCUCCGGGGCCGCUGUCUCUCCCAAGCCUGGCAGGCCGGUGUUGGUGAAGUCGCCACGGUGUGCGCGAGGUGGAGCGGCAGCGGCCCCCUGCAGUAAACUCUCAGUGGCAGCGACCGUGUCGGAGGAGUUCCCGGUACUGAGGUUUUCACGCUUUACAGAGGUCUCAGGAGUCUGAUUAAAUAUUUUGUUACAAGCCAUGUAAGACACGGACGGGUCUCGCCGCUGUGCGGGGCAGACCGAGGCACUGUCUGGACGCUCCGCUCUGCUUCGCCCUCCGCCUUUGCGGCUCCCUCUGUGCUCGGCCUGCCCGAAAGCGCUGCUUGGAUCGUCUGAACUUGACUUCAGCUUCCGGGCUGUGAAUGCCUUGAAUGCCUGUGUUACCAGAACAGAGGGAUUUCUCUGCUACACCAUGUACAAAUAGUUUUAAUUAUUAAGCCUAGAAUAGAUGAUGUGCCUGUUCUGAAUCAAUUAUGUGCCCAUGACAGGAGCACAGCUUCCACAAUUUUAAAAUAGGGAAUUAGCCUUAAUGCAAACAGCCCUUGUAACAGUGGAAGUAACUCUCCCUGUGUCACUGGUCAUGCAGAGGUGUGUUAGUGGUCAUGCAUGCAAAGGUACUUCGUUGCUCAGGGCCUAAGCUUUCAGGGUUGGUUUCUUUUGGACUGGUUGGUUGGUUGUAGGUAGUAGGCAGUUUGGUUGUAGGCAGUUUUUUCAGGUAUUUCUACAAGACAUUGCUAGUAUAAGUGUUUUAAAAUGCCAGCUUUGUGUAUUUUUAGAAGUCAUGGUCCUGCAUGUACUUGACCUGGCUUGGCUCUAAGUUGGAUCACGCUUGCUGGCUUUCUGCAUGCCAGGAUAAUCCUAAAUUCCUGCCACUGACAAUAUGGUAAGUCAUGUUCCUGUCCGUCAGCCCGGCACUACAGAGGCUGCACCUGCAUCUGCACCUUUUGUUUAAAAACUGAAAUGAAACAAAACCCCAACAUGCAAGCCCACUUUUUGGUUGGUUAAUGCCACACUGAGUACAAACUUAAUACAAGACCUAAUCAGACCUUCACACCUUAAAUGUCUGGUACCUCAGAAGCAGGGCAUGAAGAAUUUCUUUACUUUGUGAGCAGCCGUAUCUGAACAGCACCAGAAUGAUCUGCUGGGGAACCGGAAAACCAAAAAUUUUCUAUAUGACUUCUUAUCUCUAAUACAGGGCAAUCUAGGGAGCUGAAACAGUCCCAGGCCAUCAGAGGCAAGGUCUGUGGCUCCAUAUAGGGUUGUGUGUCAGCAGAUUUGGACUGCUGAUUGAGUAAUUUUGGUAACCUUUGGUAUGACUGUGCAUCAGAUCACAGCUUCCCUUCUUGGAAGUGCAGCAGGAAAGUCUUCAGCUGCAGCGGCUGGCAUGUACUCCUCCUGUAUCUGUGACAGGACUACCAAGCCUGGAUACUCUGACUCAAAGCCGGAAUCAUCCUUACCUUUCGUGUGUAUAUGCCAGAGCCACAUUAGUGCUCUUGUCUCCCUUGGAUGACACAGUCAGCUACAUUAACUCUACACUGAAUUUUCUUGCUGUGAUUAGUGAGAGCUGAGGCCCAUAGCACUCUCACCGACUGUGAACUGGCUGAAAUGUGUGGCUUCCACAAGCAGUUAGCUCAGCAGUCAGCAGGGACAGAACCAUCAGCAUGCUGUGGUUGGUGUGAAAAGUGUGGGCUGUGUGCUGUGCAGGAACCUGUAAGGGUUCCAUGGUGGCAAUUGCCACGCUGCUGGCAUAUGAGCCCCGUGCCAGUUAAACACUAGAGCUGGCUCAGGUGUGGUGGGCAAACUUCCUGUCACUGUCCUUAGAUACCAGAAUAGAACUCCACUUGCCUGUGUCCAUUUAAGAGCAACAGUCUUAGUUUUUAAUGCCUUAGUUAUGCCUGUAGCUAAAAGUUCUGUUUCAUCAAGAGUCUGUAGUUGCUUGGUACAAGUCUACGGUAAAGAAUCUGCUUUUAAGAAAAACUGUAAAAAGGUUCUGGUUAACCCUUCUCCCACACCUGAAAUCAUGAGGCUUUCCUUAUUCACAUAAUGGGCAUGCCUGUGCUAUCAGUGGCUGUCAGCUUCAGUGAGGCUCUGAGUUUUUACCUGAUGUGAGUAUGGUGCGUCAUGGCCUUGAAACAGAGCUAUAGAGCAAGGAAGAGGCUUUUUCUCUGGGAUAGGAGGAGGAGUGUAGAGAAGUUCUUGCUUUCUGCGUUCUUAGGGCAAAGGUUUUCCUGCUGCUUGAUCUGUUUUUUUUCCAGGAGGGAGGGGAGAGUAAGGGAUUGGAGAAAAUAACCCUCCUCCUCCUUUUGUGCGGUUUGCUUCACUUCAUUAAAUCAUCAGCCAUCAAGCUGAUAGCGUACUUGGUAAGGGCUCAUUCUGCAGUGAUGUGCUGAGGCGGCAGGACACAGGCAUGAAAAUAGUUCCUGAGUAUGUUGGGACUGCAACUCUUGUCCUCCUCUGGAGACAGCAGGGCUAUGUGGAGUGCACAGUAAAUAACUCUACAGCCUGGUCUGCCAGCACUGUUCCUCCCACUAGCAGCAAGUACUGAUGGUGAGUAUCAGCUCUGACUUGUGCUGACCGAAAUUCAGUGCCAGGUCUGUGCUGUGCUUCGGGGAUUUUGUGGCAGCAGCGGCACUGGACUCGGUGCAUGGGACUAAGAUAGAGGAGAUCAUUCUUGGUGUGUGUGUACAAAGCCCAGGCUUGCUGUGUCCCCUCUGUAGUUUCUGUGGGGUCAAUGUCUGCUCCCCCAGUGGAUCCAGCAGUGGAUCCUUAUGCAGGAGGAAUGCUUUUGGCUUCUUUGUAAUAAGGAAAAGCACAGUGAAAGACGCCUGCUUGAUGUUGUGGGUGGAGCUUAGGUCAAGGGUGAACAGCUGUGUCCUUGGCAGGUACAGGUCAGUUGAAUGGUGUGUUCAGACUCUGUCCCCUCUUGAGGCAGGCAGUGCUGCUCUCCUUUCCUGGCAUUUCUAACUCAUAGCAUAUGUUCAGCAGCUGGUCAAAGGAGGUGAUUGUUCCACUCUGCACUUGUCACAGCACUAAUCCUGUCUAAGUUCAAGAAGCCUGGGGACAAUGCUCUCAGGCACAUGGUGGAGUUCUUGGAAUGUCUGUACAGGGCCAGGAGCUGGAUUCAAAUCUUGAUGGAUCCCUUUCAACUUGGUGUAUUCUGUGAUUCUAUGCCAGCUUGCAAACCCAGACACCCAGACCUUCAACGCAAACUGUUGCUGAUGCUCCCUCUGUGUCCUUUUUCACUGCCACAGAGUUUUCACUUGUUUUUCCUCCUCCCUGCAAACUCCUGCACCUCUCAAACUGUUCUCUCUGUUACCGUAGGUCUUCUUGAGCUGAAAGGAUGAAAAUUGGCAACUGGAAAAUCACUGUCACUGACGUGAGCUUUAUCCUGACUUCUGGAGUCCCAGUUGAUGUUGUUGGGCAUAUGAGUCUACAAGAGUGUCCCCUGUCCCUGUCCAUGGUUUAGGCAGCGGUUGGACAUGCAUCACUAGCGGGAUGGUCGGCCAGCAAAGCUGCAAUGUCGUCCCUGACGACCUCCAGUGAGGGAGAGAACUCUGCUCCCAGGUUUGUUGUCGGUUCCAGAGAUGACGAGACAGAAUUUCUGGGAUCAAACAUGAAGACAGAUGAAACUGAUUUCUUUGAAGAUGAUGAAGAGGAGGAGUCGCCUCCAGAGCGGCAGAUUGUGGUGGGAAUCUGUGCCAUGACCAAAAAGUCCAAGUCAAAGCCCAUGACACAGAUUCUGGAACGUCUGUGCAAGUUUGAGUACAUCACAGUGGUGAUCAUGGGGGAAGAUGUUAUUCUGAACGAACCAGUGGAAAACUGGCCCUCUUGUGACUGCCUGAUAUCCUUCCACUCCAAAGGAUUCCCCCUGGAUAAGGCAGUUGCUUAUGCCAAGCUGUGCAAACCAUUUCUGAUCAACGACCUUGAUAUGCAGUAUUACAUCCAGGACAGGCGUGAAGUGUAUCGGAUCCUUCAAGAAGAGGGAAUAGACCUGCCCCGCUAUGCUGUGCUCAAUCGGGAUCCUGACAGACCAGAAGAGUGCAACUUGGUGGAAGGAGAGGACCAUGUGGAGGUAAAUGGAGCUGUGUUCCCAAAGCCAUUUGUGGAGAAGCCAGUCAGUGCUGAAGACCACAACGUGUAUAUUUACUACCCGACAUCAGCAGGAGGGGGCAGCCAGCGGCUGUUCCGUAAGAUUGGCAGCCGGAGCAGUGUGUACUCCCCAGAGAGCAGUGUGAGGAAGACAGGCUCCUACAUUUAUGAGGAGUUCAUGCCUACAGAUGGCACUGAUGUAAAGGUGUACACUGUUGGGCCGGACUACGCCCAUGCAGAGGCUCGCAAAUCCCCUGCUUUGGAUGGGAAAGUGGAACGAGACAGUGAAGGGAAGGAAAUUCGUUACCCAGUCAUGCUGACUGCCAUGGAGAAACUCGUUGCCCGUAAAGUCUGUGUAGCCUUUAAGCAAACUGUGUGUGGGUUUGACCUCCUGCGGGCCAACGGCCACUCCUUUGUUUGUGAUGUGAACGGCUUCAGCUUUGUGAAGAACUCCAUGAAGUAUUAUGAUGACUGUGCCAAAAUCCUUGGAAAUAUAAUCAUGAGGGAGUUGGCUCCCCAGUUUCAUAUCCCCUGGUCCAUCCCAACAGAGGCAGAAGACAUCCCCAUUGUCCCCACAACUUCAGGCACCAUGAUGGAGCUUCGCUGUGUUAUUGCAGUCAUCCGUCAUGGAGAUCGCACCCCAAAGCAGAAGAUGAAGAUGGAAGUGAAACAUCCCCGGUUCUUUGAAUUAUUUGAGAAAUAUGAUGGUUACAAGACAGGAAAGUUGAAGCUGAAGAAACCAGAGCAGCUACAGGAAGUGCUGGACAUUGCACGGCAACUUGUGGUGGAGCUUGGAACCCACAGUGAUUGUGAAAUCGAGGAGAGGAAAUCCAAACUGGAACAGCUGAAGAGUGUCUUGGAGAUGUAUGGACAUUUUUCUGGCAUUAACCGUAAGGUUCAGUUGACCUAUCUGCCUCAUGGACAUCCAAAAGCUGCGAGUGAAGAUGAAGAAGCUCGACGAGAGUCCUCCCCCUCCCUUCUCCUGGUGCUUAAGUGGGGUGGAGAGCUGACCCCAGCAGGAAGAGUCCAGGCUGAGGAGCUGGGGCGGGCCUUUCGCUGCAUGUAUCCUGGAGGCCAAGGUGAUUAUGCUGGUUUCCCUGGCUGUGGCUUGCUCAGGCUGCACAGCACUUACCGCCAUGAUCUCAAGAUCUAUGCCUCGGACGAGGGGAGAGUUCAGAUGACAGCAGCAGCUUUUGCAAAGGGUCUGCUGGCCCUGGAAGGAGAGCUGACCCCCAUCCUGGUGCAGAUGGUGAAAAGUGCCAACAUGAAUGGUCUGCUGGACAGUGACAGUGAUUCCCUCAGCAGCUGUCAGCACAGAGUAAAGGCGCGACUGCAUGAAAUCAUGCAGAAGGAUGCUGAGUUCUGUGAAGAGGAUUUUGAAAAGCUAGCACCUACAGGCAGUGCUUCUCUGCUCAACUCCAUGACAUUUAUCCAGAACCCAGUUGAGGUCUGUAACCAGGUGUUCACCCUGAUUGAGAACCUCACCUCCCAGAUACGAAAACGUCUGGAAGACCCAAAAUCUGCAGACCUGCAGCUGUACCACAGUGAGACUUUGGAGCUGAUGCUGCAACGCUGGAGUAAGCUGGAGCGAGAUUUCCGCAUGAAGAACGGGCGCUAUGACAUCAGCAAGAUCCCUGAUAUAUAUGACUGCAUCAAGUAUGAUGUACAGCACAACUGUGCACUGAAACUGGAAGGCACAACUGAACUCUUCAAGCUCUCCAAAGCCUUGGCAGAUGUGAUCAUACCCCAGGAAUAUGGGAUUAAUAAGGAGGAGAAACUGGAGAUUGCUAUUGGCUUUUGUCUUCCUCUCAUUAAAAAGAUCCAGCUGGACCUACAGAGAACUCAUGAAGAUGAGUCUGUCAACAAACUACAUCCAUUGUACUCAAGAGGAGUUCUGUCACCGGGUCGCCAUGUUCGAACACGGCUGUACUUCACCAGUGAGAGCCAUGUGCACUCCCUGCUCAGUAUCUUCCGCUAUGGGGGGCUACUGGAUGAAAACAAAGACCAGCAGUGGAAGAGAGCCAUGGACUAUUUGAGUGCUAUCUCAGAGCUGAACUACAUGACCCAGAUUGUUAUCAUGCUCUACGAGGACAACAACAAGGACCCCUCUUCAGAGGAGCGUUUCCACGUGGAGCUGCAUUUCAGCCCUGGCGUCAAAGGCUGCGAGGAGGACAGGAAUAUACCCACGGGGUUUGGCUUUCGGCCGGCCUCAGCAGAGAACGAGGACAAGAAGGCAGACCAAGGCAGCCUAGAGGACCUCUCCAAUGAGAAGGGCAGCGAUGAGCCAGACCGUGCUCGGCAGAAGUCCCCGCAGCCCUCGGAGCCGGUCAGCAUCCAGCGAAGGUCGCCGCUGGUCAGGAGCCGGAAGACGGGAUCCAUGGAGGUGCUGUCUGAAUCUUCUUCAAAAUCAGGAGGUUAUCGCCUCUUCAGCACUUAUUCCAGGCAGUCUUCUGAGAUGAAGCAAAGUGGAUUAGGGUCACAGUGCACCGGGCUGUUUAGCACCACUGUGCUGGGAGGCUCCUCCAGUGCCCCCAACCUCCAGGACUACGCACGCAGCCAUGGCAAAAAGUUUGCCAGCAGCCUGACAUACAAAGACGAGCUCUUGUCUAUGCCAGCCGUAAAACGAUUUUCUGUGUCGUUUGCAAAGCAUCCGACUAAUGAUGUGUUGGAGCACCAGCACGUUGCCCAGUUGCUACGCCGUUUUUCCUCUGACUGUGCCACGAGCCGGACCAUCUCCUUGGAUGCCACCCUAGCCCAUCACCUGCAGCAGUGCUCCUACCACCUGCGCCUCUUCAGGAGCUGGCUGAUCUCAGGGCAGGAUGACUUGGAGUGUCUUUACGGUUUUGAAGGCUGUUCCAUGGUUCCCACCAUCUAUCCCCUGGAGACCCUCCACAACUCCCUCUCUUUGCGGCAGGUCAACGAGUUCCUGACAGCUGUGUGCAGGAGCUGCAGUGAAUCCCAUGUCCAGUCCACGGCAGCUUUGUUUGAUUCAAUGAUUGGGAGCCAGAUACCAGGAGACCCCUUUAUGUCCCAGCGAAUCCUGUCGUCAUCGUCCUUGCCGCUGCGCCCGCGUUCGGAUAAGCCCCCUUGGUACAGCAGUGGCCCCUCCAGUACCGUCUCCAGUGCAGGCCCGUCCUCCCCAACUUCUGUGGAUAACUGUGCUCGUUUCAGCUUCACUGAGAAACUUUCCAUCAGCCCCCCCAAAAGCGAGGAGCAGCUGACUAGCCAGUCCCCUGAGCAGGAAGAGAGUCAAGCUCCAGGCAGAGGGUUUGACGUGCAGGGCGGCGUGUCUGGUUGCAGAGUUGCAGAGCCAAGUGCCCCAGAGACCCUGAUCUGGAAUAAAGGCCCAGAGCCAGGCAGGAUUCUGGAGCUGUGCAAGAGGGAGCUGGCGGGGGAGGACGCUAACCCAGAAGAGAAGAGCAUGGGGGAGCGGGAUGAAGAAAAAUCAUCUGAGGAAAUGUUAGAGCCAAGUAACAUAGGAAACUCAAAGUGUGGUGAGGGGUUUGACCUGAGGCUCGUUGGGGAGACAGUGAAGCCAGGUGAGGAGUCUGUCAGGGGAAUGACUGGCCUGGAUCAGUCUGGGCUGUCCAAGGAGAUCCUGGUGCCCUGUGCAGAGGAGCUGCUGGGAGAGGUGUUGGACCCAGAGCAUACAGGCAAGGAGCUGCUGGGGGACAGUGCUCUGUCAGACCAGCUUUUCUCUGAUCACCUGUGCCAGGUGCAGCCACUGCCUCGUGAGAAGAAUGUGGAGGAACUGCAACAGCUGUGUCAGAAGGAUCAGCAAAUUUAGUGGCUUACUGGACAGUACAUUUGCAAGCAGUUCUAAGCCUGAAAGCAGCCCAGCUUCCUGCUUGGCACCUCACACAGCUGGCAGUCCAUAGCAGAGAAGAAGCCAUGUCCCAGAGCCACAGGAUUCUGUGGUGUGGAGAGACUGCUUUGCUUCUCCACAAGCCAGCUCAUUGCCAUUCAGCAAGAAUGUUUGCCUCGUCAAAUGAACAACAAUGCAGUCUUGGUACUGGCAUGGCACCUCCAUGGAGCAGGGACAUGGUGCUGCACUGGUGUCCCAAGGGCUUUGUGCUCACUGGGACAGCAGCAUUAGAGGACUGGUACAGCCAAGGCUUUUAGGGUGGUUAAGUCCAAAAGGGACAGAUCCUUCCUCAUGACCUUUUGGCCCACAGCCUUCAGAGAAAGGCAUUCUGGACCCAAAUUAAUUGGAUCCAUCACAACCACCAACCUCUUCUCUUUUUCUUCCUUCUUCCUCUCUCAAUUCCCCCUGCUGGCCACCAAAAUCAGGUCCAGAGCGUCCAUGGUAGGAAAACUAGCAGAAGCAGAAAGCAUUCUGAAUGUGGAAAAGAAGGGUAGUGGAAAAGAGGGCAUCAGGUUUGACUGCCACUAGCAAGGAAACAUCCCUUUGGCAUGGCCUUGGCUGUUUCCCUGCAGGCAGGCAGGUGCCCUGGGAUCCAGCCUGAGAGAGCUGUGCAGGGAAGACACACACAGUUUUUGUUUUUUUCUCAUCCCCAAGGAUCAGGCAGGGUAAAGCUCUGUGGUCUUGGUGAAAGGGAUUAAAAGAAACUGCUAUUUUGACAAUUCAGGACUAUUAGAAACCAAUAAGGAUAAAUCUUUAUUAUAUAAAAUGAAAAGUAUUUAAUGGAUAUUUAUGUAGAUGCCUUGUGAGCACAAGCCUGAGGGCAAGAUUGAUACGGGUGUCCCUGCCGCAUCCUGAGUGCCGGCCAGGGCUGUGCUUCCUACUCCUCCUGUAUUUAUGGACAAGUCUGCGUGUCUGUCUGUAGCUAGGAUCUGUGUUUUUGUGAAGCUGUGCCCAAAGAUCUCUAUGCUGUGUUGUGACAAUGUGUGUUCACAGUAAAUCUAUGCUGUGGGUCCACUGUCUCUGUGUCUCUGAUGUUGACUUGGCAGCAGCGUCUUAUGUGCUGAAGCUUGCAGGUGCUUGGAACAGUAAGCACUGCUUAUGCUCUGUUGUCCUGGAAGAGCAGCUGUAGCUGGAGUCAGGCCUGCAGUAGGCUCCAGGCCAGGAAAAAAACCUCCUUUUUCCUACAUGGGAGAAGUCGUCAUUCUGGGGAAGAGCUCCUGGCUUCCCAGGUCUCAGGGGCGUUUGUGGUAGAAUUAAGACACUGUAAUGGUGUGUUCGUUCAGCUCUUUUCACUUGGUCCACACCUUCCCGUCACUUCAAGCACAUCCUGGGUGUCAUGUUCUUUUCUUCAUGCCCAGGAAUGCCACUUUGGGCAUGUAAGAAAGGACAUGUUUUCUUGCACUGAGAAUGGAGCAGUCAUGUAACUGCCCAGGGUGCAGCACUGUAAGGGGCACCCCAGCCCCUCUCCCAGCUUGCUGUGUCUGCCCUGCACUCUCUCUCCCUGCUUUAUAGAUCUGCACAAACAGAGACCUUGGCCAUGGGGUUGCAGCCAACCUGCUGCAGUGGGGUCAGGCAGCAUGGAAUCCUGGCAUGCCUGCGCCCAGAUCCAAGGCAGCAGGUGUGCCACCUGCCACAUGGCCAGAGACCUUCCUGCUCAGAUUGCCAGCAGAGCUGGGCAGAGGUGCCAUUCCCAAGAAGUGCAGGGACAGGCAGAGGGCUGCAAUGGAAUGCAUGAUUCUGGAACUGUGAGGAGUAAUGGUGUUGCAUGGCAGACAGGCCUCACUGGAUUAUCGGGAGCUGCUUCCCCCCCUACAGCCCUUAGCCAGCUGUCCCAGAUGUUCCCAGGAGGGACCCACUAGUUACCCUGCUAAGGCCAGGGGUGGGGGGCUGUCCCAGGCAGGCUCUGUGGCCUUAUGUGCAUGUCCCUUUCUGAGUCACAGGAAAGUUUAGCAGCUGCUGGUGAAGGUGGGGUGUUGGUGGAAAAGCUGGGGUUCGCCUAAGCUGGGAGGCACAGCAGCCAUGUCUGUGUGCUCCUGCCCAGAAGCGUGGGCUCACUGAAAGAACAGUUGGAAACCACUGGAGAUGUUCUUGUUCGCAAUUAAUGUGGCUUUAUUAUUAAUGUGUUGGGCUCCUCUCUUGACAGCAGUUAGUUACAGUGUUUCACAUGGAAAUGGGCAAAAGGACAGAACUCAAGGAACUAAAUUCAAAUAGAAAUGUGAUGCUGAAGAAAAAAAUCAGGGCUCUCUUCUUAAAACAUUUAGCAUAGAAGAAGCUAGGAGCACAAGAUUCCAUUUCAAUACAAUUAAGACGUUCACUUUUUUAAUUAUAGGUUUAAAAUAGUAUUUUUUACCUAUUACAUACAGGAAGAUUACGCAUUGUUGCCCACAUGCAGAAACAAGCAAAAGCAGAGUUUAACUGUUUCUCUCUAUAGUGUUGUAUUACCUCUGGCUCCAGGUGGGUCCUGCUGGCUCCUGUGGCCUGAGCAGGGCCAUACUCCACGAAUCAGCUUUUUCCUAAGUCUUUUUCCCCAUUGUUUUUUUAAGAUGGAAGGGGGUGGAGGAGAGAGAGGGAGAUAGGGAGUGAGAGAAGCUCAAGGCAGAACAGACUGCGACAAAAACUGAAAAAAAAACCAUGGAGCCUUGAGGACAGGGAAGCAAAGUGGUGUAGGAUAAAGGUAGCCAAGCAGCAGAGCUGCAGAGGGCAAGAGCAGAGCAUGGAGGGCAGUGUUCCUCCUGGAAUCCACCAGUGGCCACACUCCUGCCUGGAGGAUGCAGGUACCUCAAAAAGCCUCACUAUUACUUCUGCUUAGUCAGAAUUGCUUCAAGUUUAAAAGGAAAACAUUCAUAUGUGGGUCUAUCUAAAGUUAGUGCAUUAGCUUUUACAUCUAGCUACGCAGAGAGAUUCCAGGAGCCAGUGAGGGCCAUGCUUGUGCCUCUGGUGUCUGGCAUCCUGCAGCUGCCACCACGGCGAGUGAGCCAGAGUCUC